AUUAAUUGUUAUCGUUAUUUUAAAAUGUAUACAAAUCUUCGAAUACAGGAUAAAUAACGUAAGGAAUUUUUCAAUAAGUUCCUCAAUCAAUCGGACAGGUAUCGAAGAAGAAAAGAUCUGACGAACUCUCUAAAUUCUUUAAAGCGAAAUCUCACUCUGAAGAGCGAAAAUUCAGCCACUCUUGAAAAAGUGUGGCUGAAUUUGCAUUCUUCAGAUUCUUGAGAUUCCACUCCGAAGAAUUUAAAGAGAGGAUACUUCAGUUCUCGUUACAUUAACUUGCAUCUGCCUCGCUUUUACUUUGCUCUGUUUUAUCUGGGUUCUACCUACGAGUUAUGCCUUCGUUCCCAUCUGAAAGCAAUAACUCAUCAAUAACUCGAAUAGAUCUCGCCGCAUGUAAAACAAAGCUGAAGAACGCGCAAGAAGAGGCAGGAAAGGAACGAAGAAACGGAGGCUACAAAAAAGCGCGGAGGAUCCACGCUAGAUGGGCGCAAGGCGCAAGCCAUCUCGCGGACCCGGCGCGUUCACGCCAUUGCGAACUUGUCGGUGGGGUACCGGUAGGGCCCCGGAGAGGGAAAACUCGUGGGGGCCUCGGUGGGCUCCUCCGUCAGCGGUGGCGGCCAGCGUUCGAGCAGGACUCCGGCGAGUCGCGCGAUACCUAGCGCUACGCUUCGAUCGCGAGCCGACGGAGAUAUUCCGGGUAAGAAUCGACGACGACGACGACGACGACGACGACGGUAACGACGCGUCGAUCAAGAGAGAAAGGUCGUUUUUUUGUCAACCUCGCGGGUGUGACGACCCUCUCGCACGCAAGGAAAGUGCAUCCCUUUUUUUCCUCUCUGUCACGCGAAGUGCGGAAAGUCCGAUCGACCGGCGAUCGGCGGAGGAGGACGACGAACCGGAAUGGAGAGGAGGCAGCAGCGUCGUCGUCGUGACUCUACCAGCUUCCAAGGUUGAAAGGCCCAGCGCGAAUACAUAGCCGCCACCGGAAAAUAUGGGCUCGGAAGCCUGGGAGCUGGAGAGGAGGUACUCGGUGCCGGGAGCUCUGGACACCAGGGGGCUGGAGCCGCCGGCCAGCGAGGAUCUGCACGCAUGGUCGAUUUACAGGCAAAACCUCAACUCCGACUUCACGGACUCCGCGCUCGGCUCCGCCGAGAAGUCGCCGCUGCCGUACGGGAACUUUCAGCUGCGCGACUCCACGGUGCAGAGCAUCCUGCGGCAUCCGCGAUACGGACCCAAGAGCCCGCUGGCCAACAACUCUUACACGUACUUGAAGUUCGGCCUGCCACGCGUCCUGCCGCCCAGCUCGCGGAAUCGCGACGGCUCCAGCGGCUACGACUCCAGCGAGGAAGGACGACGAGUGUCGCACGCAGGUGCUCCGGUACACACGACCUCGAUUAUGCGUUCAGCCAGAAGCGAUCCGGACUUCAGACAUGUCCACGCUGUCCCAAGGGAGUCAGCGCAUUCUCAGUUAACUGUCACGAGGGAGCAUCCGAGGCUUAGGAGCGCCAGCGAGGCUAAUCUUUUGCAGAGCGCAGUCAGGACCAAUCGGCGACACAGCAUCGCGCCGAUCGAUCCCGGAUACAUAGCGCACGGACACGGUAUCCUGGGGCCGGAAGGUUACGCGCUGCCAUUGAGACCCAUGCCGUGUCUGCAGCAUCCUCACCUGCAGCUGCGAGGCGUGGAGGCCUCAGGCUCGGACGGGCUACCGCUUCUCCGGGGUAUCACCCUCGAGGCCGGCGCCGCCGAGGUGCUGGCCAUUAUGGCGACUACCGAGAAGGAAGGCACACAGAUCAUCGAGACGAUCGCGGGUAGGAAGCGUAUAAAGAGGGGCGAUAUUCUGCUCAAUGGAAGAUCCGUAUCGGCACGCAGCCUGAGAUCUCGCGUCGCCUAUCUACCCACGGAGAACGGCCUGAGCCCCGGGCUGACGGCUCAGCAGACUCUCAGCUUCUACAUGUUGCUGAGAGGAGGUCGCAGCACCACCUCGCUCGAGGCCGAGGCUAUUCUGCAGGAGCUCGGCUUGGAGGCGACCAAGCACUGCCUGGUGAACACCCUGACGACCUCCGAGGCCCGACGUUUGGCCCUCGCCUGCCGGCUGCUUCAAGACUCUCACGUCAUCGCUCUGGACAAACCCACGCACGGUCUGGAUAUCUUCGACGCCUUCUUUCUGGUCGAGUACCUGAGGCAAUGGGCCAGCCGCGGUCAGCGUCUCGUCGUUCUUACCCUGCACCCGCCCACCUACGAGAUCCUGACGAUGGUGUCGAGGGUCGCGCUAACGUCCGGCGGUCGAAUCAUGUACUCCGGACCCAGAAGAGACAUGCUGCCAUAUUUUGCUCUCGCCGAGUUUCCCUGCCCGCCGUUCAAGAACCCGUCCGACUAUUAUCUUGAUUUAGUAACGCUGGAUGAUCUAUCGGCGGAAGCGAUGCUGGAGUCUUCGCAAAGGAUAGAACAUCUGGCGGAACUGGCCAGAACGAGGCUACCUCCGAUCAGUGAUCCUGGACCACCCGGCGCACUUCCGCCCUCGAUGUCCGGUCCCAAUAUAUUUGUGCAAUUCUACGGGCUAUUGUUACGCACGCUCAUCUACAGUCAACCGUGGACGUUAACAAGACUGCUGCGGAAAAUCGUCAUUUCCGCAUCGCUCAGUGUUCUACUCGGUGCAAUAUUCUGGGACGUCGCCGGCGAAUCGAAUUUAUAUCUGCGAGAUAGAGUAGGCUAUCAUUACGCUAGUUUGGGCAUCUUCUUUUGGCCUUUGUGUCUCCUGGCGAUGUGCGACGUGACCAACAAUAGGCCGUACGUGGAGAGGGACAUCAGGGACGGGCUAUAUGGUAGAUUUAUGUACAUUCUCGUUGAGCUCAGCUGCAGUGUGCUAUCCUGGUGCGUGAUCUAUCUGAUAUACCUGGCUCCAGCGUUUGCGAUGUCGGGGCUACAUCUCGUGCCGGACGAGAACCUGACGUCGUUGUGGACCUACCUCGCCGUCGGUCUGCUGUACCUGAUGCUGCAGCAUCUCAUCUGCACGUUCUUCGCGCACGUGUGCAAGUGGACCUACUUGGCGGCACUGUUCGCCGGCGUGGUGCUGGGCGAGAUGACCCUGGCCGGCGGGGUGACUCUGCAUCUGGACAAUCUGCCGUCGUGGUAUCAGCAGAUCAGCCCGAUGCAGUGGUCGUUGUCGUUGCUGUUGCCGCGUCUACACAGGAGCGAGAGCGUGGGAAAGCUGGCCAAUUGCAAGCCCAAGCAGAUUCAACGACAGGAUAUCAUUAUCCAAGCGGCGUGCGAACCGCCCGACGGCGCGUUGGCCCUUCGCGAGAUCGGCCUCGACAAGUUAAACGUACGGGGGGAAUUUUUGCUGGGCGUCGCAGUGGCCGUCGUCGCCGUGCUGAUCAUUUUCGGAUUCCUCUGCGUCAAGUACGCCACUCCGAAGAGGCCCAGAAGCGCCCCGAACAAACCCUGAUAUUACCAAACGUUGAAGACGUUUCGUCAUCGCGAAAUAGAAUUGAGACCGUACAGUGCCACGAAAUCGACCUGAGGUAUUCGUGAGCUUUCCGUCCCCGGAGCGAGUCAUAAUGUUAACUGACUUUCUCAUUGACACAACAUUCUUUACUGUAGAUUAACAAUCACGUACCAGCCAGGUAUGAGUUCAUGAAACAUUUUUGUUGCUAACAUCCUCGUGGAUGUUCUCUCGUCAUCUAUAGGUUUCGUAUUUUAUCAAAUUUUAGCGACUAAAACUCCUCGAACUUGAUUCUGACAAAAGGCUACUUUGGCAGAAUCCACUUUGCUAAUUCGCAUCGCGCUCGUAAAGUUUUAUCAAUGUCUGCUCCGUUGCGAUUCUUUAAAGGAAAAAACUUUAGGGACUCGCAGAGUAGACAGAGGGAGAGAGAGACGAUAUGGAGUACAAAGCUUAACGAGACGUUGCUUUACCCGUAAUAAAAGCUCACUGUUUAUAAAUGAUAAAUAAACGCGCUUAAUACUUCGUAUAUUGUCCUAACUUUUAUUGUUGUAACCGUAUGGAAUAAACAUUUUCACGAAACGAA